CACUCUCAGUCAUUGCCUCAUUGGGGGCAGAAGUCAAUCUUUUUUUCCCCCAAAUUAUCGUUUUACCAAAAAAAUUUCAGUCAGGAUGCAAAUAUUUUCAAUAAGUUCCACAAUUGUAUCACCACAUCCUUCCGUAACAUUAACUCAGAUUUCACCACUUCAAUUUUAUGAUUAUAAGAAUAACAAUCUCAAAAAACACUCGAUUCAAUGCUUGAAAAAAGAAGAAAAAGAAGAUAAAAGGCCGAAAAAAACAAUAGUAUUGAGAACAUGUAAACAAUGUAAAGCCCAGUUCGAUCCUUCUCUCAAUCAUCCCAAUGCUUGUCGUUUCCACUCUGCUCAUUUUGGAGGAGAAACUAAGAGGAAAUUUGAAAGUGUAUAUAGUGGAGGCACCAUGAAUACGUCUGAAUCCGGUAAAGUGUUUCAGUAUUGGCAUUGUUGCGGGUCCGAAGACCCAUUUGAUCCUGGCUGCACUGCUUCUCCACAUUCGUCGUAUGACGACUGAUGUAUUUCUGCACAUUUUGAAUAAAAGCCAAGGUUCAUCUCGACCCAAAUUUCUUCGUUUUAUAGCUUUUCCAUUGUACUGGGAGAUCAUUGUAUAUCAAAAUCAAAUACUCUCUUGUUCUUGAAACUUAGACGAAUAUAAGGUUUCUGUAAUAUUCCCUUGUAUACGUGUAUUACAAUCUUCAGUGGCGCUAGUUUAUGAUAAGUUUACCCGUCUUGUUUCUAGA